CUUGUUUGUUUAUUUCGUAUUAUCAGCAACUGGAAACUCGUCGAAUACGAAUUGCAUGAAAUGAUGAUAAAAGUAAAAUUAAAAAUUAUGGUGCUCGACACAUAAGUGAUGUUAUUUUAUUCAUACAGUAUUUUGCGGUUCACGCUGCAUUUGUUACCAUCAAAGCCCGACACUCAGUUGCUUAAUAGUUGGAUCAACUUGGUCGGUUGGUCAUCGUAAUAAAAAAAUAACGUUACUGAUAACGUCAGUAUUUCCUUCUUUGAUGGUGCUACCGCUGCUGUAUUGAUAAAGCGAUUGAAAUGAAUUCAAAUUCCGCAAAAAACUCUCAGCUAGAUUCGGUUUUCGAUGUGCUUGGCCUCACAUCUAGAGAUCCUUUGACCAACUUUAUUGAAAUGUGGUAUCAAAUAUUUCUAUGGGCAUUGUUUUCUUCUCUGAUCGUACACGUCAUAGCGGUUAUCAUUUCAUUCGGAACUUUGAGGAAACACAACUUUGGCAAAUUUUGUCCGAUAUUCAUAUUAUGCAUGGGAGUUCUUACACCGCUGACAUCUGGUAUCGUGAGUAGUGCUAUUAUCGCCUUUGUAUACAGAGCUUCGAUGAUUCCAAUGGCACCUCUGUACGCCAUGUUUUGGGGAACUGGACAAACGCUACUUUCUGCAGCUGUCGGAUUCACUCGUAUUUUGGCUACGUUGUGAAAACUACGUUCCUUCGUAAUCAUUGAUCGUGAUAUUGCUGCUGAAAACUCGACUUAGGUAGUCGAUUUCAAUGUUCAGACCGAGCAGAUAGCUGCUUCAAGCAAUUAUUUUUUGAAAAUAUUCGUACCUUGGUUCCAGCAUCUGCAGAUGCAGUUAACGCGACAGAUUUUGUUUUCGAAUUUAGAAAAAGGGGAAUUCUCGUUAUCUAAUGUCAUUUUCAACGCAUUUUCUUUUACUUAAUCUCUUUAUCUCUUGUCGCGAAUUUUUUUCAUUUUGUCGAUUAUAUGUCAUCAUUGAUUAUACUUCCAUCUAUUCGUAUAUGUAUGCUUAAAAUAGAAUUCUUUCGAGUUAGGUACUCGGUGAUUCUUUUAAAAUGAAAUUCAUUCAAAAACUGGCGUUUUUAUUGAAUAUUAAACAUCUUUAUCCACGA